UCACAAGUCCGGGGUAAGUAUACAGCGAUCUGUUAACAGUCCCACCACGUCUACUCCGUGUGUUUCUCUGCACAGGCCCGGUGCACCCAGGACGCGAUCUUCCCAGAUGUCCUUCACUGCGACGCCGGGACACCACGGACCCUGGGUGCAUCCACAGCGGAGGACGCGAGCCGGGUCCCGGGCGACGACUUCUCCCCCUCCUGCCUUCGACAUCUCCAUCCGGAACCGCUUCGCUCCCCUCCGCGAGACAGGACGCGACGCUGUGAUCAUCGGAGACUCCAUCGUCCGACACGUAAGUGCUACGUUAGCCGAAGGUAAAGUGCACACUCAUUGUUUGCCUGGUGCUCGUGUUCUCGAUGUUUCUGCGCAGAUACCCGCGAUCCUGAAGGUCGACGAGAGCCCCAGAGCGGUCGUGCUUCACGCCGGGGUUAACGACACCACGCUGCGGCAGACGGAGACGCUGAAGAGGGACUUCAGCAGCCUGAUCGAGACGGUUCGCAGCACGACGCCCGCGGCGACGAUCGUCGUGUCAGGACCACUGCCCACGUAUCGACGAGGACACGAAAGGUUCAGUAGACUUUUUGCUUUAAAUGAAUGGUUGUUGUCAUGGUGUAAAGAACAGAAACUGCUAUUUGUUAAUAACUGGAAUCUUUUCUGGGAGCGUCCUAGGCUGUUUCGCGCUGAUGGAUUACACCCCAGCAGAAUCGGAGCGGAGCUGCUCUCUGACAACAUCUCCAGGACACUUCGCUCCAUGUGACUAGUUAGACAAUUCUCUAAUAACUAUUAUGAUGAAACACCUGAGAAGAGAUGAUGCUGACCCUCAGAGGACCCCAGAUGAUGCUAACCUUGAAUCAACAAACAGAACUAACAAUUAUUGCUACAUGUGUGACUGCAU